AUGGAUAGUGCCUAUAGUGCAUUGACGGCAAAUCCACUUCCGGACGAAAACUCCCCCGACUACUUGCAAACACUCUUGUAUACUGCUCGGUCACACAUCGCACUGGGAGAUACAGCAUCUGCUCUUGCCAUCCUUCCAGAAACCGACUCUGAACCCAGCGUUAAAGCUGACUCGGCCACUGCUUUGGAGGAACUGCGUGAUGCGAGCCUAGAGGUUGAAGGGGAGGAGGGGCCCUUGAAUGGGGUUGUGAAAGUCGUUGCUGCUACAGCUUUCUUGCGCGAAGGAGAGGUCGAAGAAGCAUUGACCACGCUCGGUGCUGGAACUGGCACUAAGGACAUUGAAUGUGCUGCUUUGACGGUACAAGCAUAUCUGUCUAUCAAUCAAAUACACCUUGCCAAAAAGGAGUAUGAAUUGGCGAAAAAACACGCGGAUGACACUUUAUUAAUCCAGCUAGUCGAAGCAGCUCUAGGGUUAGCAACCGGUGGCACUGGUGUAACGCAAGCAUCUUAUAUUUACACUGAGCAAUCGCUGCUCCUAUCUUCUUCAUCUAAUCCUUCGAUUAUCGCUGCCAAAGGCAUUGCCCAUCUAUUGAAGGGACAGUUACCUGAAGCAGAAGCAGAUUUUGCAGAAGCGGAACGUGUAGGGAAGAGUGCCGACGCUGCAGUGGGACGUGUGGUUGUAACCGAGUUAAGUGGAAAACCAGGGGCCGGAGAGGAGCAAUUUAAUGAUUUAACGCAGAGCUACCCAGAUCAUCCAUACGUUAAGGACGUGUUAGCCAAGUCGGAGUUGUUUGACGAGAUCGCAGCCAAAUUUACGGUUUCAACUGCAGCUUGA